AGUGUAAUGAGUGUAGCAAGACCUUCAGUCAGGUGUCAUCCCUGAAAUGCCAUCGUAGUCUUCAUACUGGAGAGAAAGCUUACAAGUGUAAUGAGUGUGGCAAGACCUUCAGUCAUUCAUCAUCCCUUUUAGUUCAUCGCAGAAUUCAUACAGGAGAGAAACCUUACAAGUGUAAUGAGUGUUGCAAGACUUUCAUUCAAAAGGUAUCCCUUAUAAGGCAUCGUAGACUUCAUACUGCAGAAAAACUUUAGAAAUGCAAUGAGUGUGGCAAGACCUUCAGUCAGAUGUCAUCUCUUGUAGUCUAUUGUAAACUUCAUACUGGAGAGGAAACCUUAGAAGUGUAAUGAGGGUAGCAAGAUCUUCACUCAUAAUUCAGACCUUAUAAUUCAUAAGGCAAUUCAUUCUGGAGAUAAACUGACAAGUGUAAUGAGUGUGGCAAGGUUUGUGAUUAACACAGCUUGCACAACAUUAGAGAGUUCAUACUCGAGAGAAACCUUGCAAAUGUAAUGAGUGUGGCAAAGCCUUUGGUGUGCAGUCAACACUUAUCCACCAUCAAGCGAUCCAUGGUAUAGGGAAACUUAAUGUAACGAUUCUCACAAUGUUUUCAGUAGUUACAACCAUUGCAAAUUAUUAGAGAAUCCAUAAUAAAGAGACAUCUUAGUCCCUUGGCAAGCCCUCAUUUCACCAGGCCCCCGGCUUGGGGCGCCUUCCUCCCCCAUGGCGGGACACCUGGCUUCGGAUUUUGCCUUCUCGCCCCCUCCAGGUGGUGGAGGUGAUGGGCCAGGGGGGCCGGAGACGGGCUGGGUUGAUCCUCGGACCUGGCUAAGCUUCCAGGGCCCUCCUGGAGGGCCAGGAAUCGGGCCAGGGGUUAGGCCAGGCUCUGAGGUGUGGGGGAUUCCCCCGUGCCCCCCACCGUAUGAGUUGUGUGGGGGGAUGGCAUACUGUGGGCCUCAGGUUGGAGUGGGGCUAGUACCCCAAGGCGGCUUGGAGACCUCUCAGCCUGAGGGCGAAGCAGGAGCCGGGGUGGAGAGCAACUCCGAGGGGGCCUCCCCGGAGCCCUGCACCAUCCCCCCUGGUGCCGUGAAGCUGGAGAAGGAGAAGCUGGAACAAAACCCGGAGGAGUCCCAAGACAUCAAAGCUCUGCAGAAAGAACUCGAGCAAUUUGCCAAGCUCCUAAAGCAGAAGAGGAUCACUCUGGGAUAUACACAGGCCGAUGUGGGGCUCACCCUGGGGGUUCUGUUUGGAAAGGUGUUCAGCCAAACGACCAUCUGCCGCUUUAAGGCUCUGCAGCUUAGCUUCAAGAACAUGUGUAAGCUGCGGCCUUUACUGCAGAAGUGGGUGGAGGAAGCAGAUAACAAUGAAAAUCUUCAGGAGAUAUGCAAAGCAGAAACCCUCGUGCAGGCCCGAAAGAGAAAGCGAACCAGUAUCGAGAACCGAGUGAGAGGCAACCUGGAGAAUUUGUUCCUGCAGUGCCCGAAACCCACACUUCAGCAGAUCAGCCACAUCGCCCAGCAGCUUGGGCUUGAGAAGGAUGUGGUCCGUGUGUGGUUCUGUAACCGGCGCCAGAAGGGCAAGCGAUCAAGCAGUGACUAUGCACAACGAGAGGAUUUUGAGGCUGCUGGGUCUCCUUUCUCAGGGGGACCAGUGUCCUUUCCUCUGGCCCCAGGGCCCCAUUUUGGUACCCCAGGCUAUGGGAGCCCUCAUUUUACUGCACUGUACUCCUGGGUCCCUUUCCCUGAGGGGGAAGCCUUCCCCCCUGUCUCUGUCCCCACUCUGGGCUCUCCCAUGCAUUCCAACUGAGGUGCCUGUCCUAGGAAUGGGGGACAGGGAGAGAGGAGAAGCUAGGGAAGGAGAACCUGGAGUUUGUGCCAGGGCUUUUAGGAUUAAGUUCUUCAUUCACUAAGGAAGGGAUUGGGAACACAAAGGGUGAGGGCAGGGGAGUUUGGGGCAACUGGUUAAAGGGAAGGUGAAGUUCAAUGAUGCUCUUGAUUUUAAUCCCCACAUGUAUCACUUUUUUCUUAAAUAAAGAAGCCUGGGACACAG